GAUCCCGGUACGAGUAGGGGUAUCUUCAGUAAUACAAGCGAGAUCCCUUAUUCUCGAAGCUUGGCCAGGAGUCCAGGACGGGCUACCAACGGAACAGAAUUCGGAAUGAGGAAACUAGUCGCAGACUUCGUCGGCCCAAGCGCCACUCGCUUCCUCGAAGUGGUGGGAACGCCCCACAAACCCCGGACUAACGUCAAAUAUUGGAUCUGGACUUCUACCCUCCUUGACCUGGAGUGCCUGGGGACCCGGGGUCCAAGCAAUAUACCCCAUCCGGAGAACAUUGACACUCACGAACAUGGAUUAUUAAGGUGUGUUGAUCCCCAGGAGCAAGUUCUCUGCAAAGUCCAUGAAAUCGACGUUCAUCGAUCAAGAGUGCCUUACACCACACCUACGCGUUCUACAGACUUAAAAUGGACAAGUCUCGAGACGACUUUCAGCAGCCUGCUCCAGCCAUGGAACCGCUUGACGAGGAGAUCAUCGUCUGGAAUCAUAAAAAGGAAUUUGCUCUCCUUUUGGCUCUGUGCUCUCAGUACUUCUGUCAGAUGCUGUUCAUUAUCGGGGCCGGAGUCUACGCCAGGUCUAUCGCUGCUGUUGUCGGCGGAGAAGCAAUUGACUCUUGGCCGGCGAUCUCAAUCAAUAUUUUGACUGCUGCGACAAUUCCUCCUAUUGCACGAGCUGCGGAUCUGUGGGGACGAAAAUGGUUCUUGGUUGUGCCGACUUCCUUGGGCUUUGUUGGCAGUAUUAUCGUUUCCAGAGCAUCAUCCAUGCAAAUGGCGAUAGUCGGCUUUGUGGUAGGCGGCGCCUCGUUCGGUGCUCAGCCACUUGUCCACGCUGUCGCCUCGGAGACCAUGCCCCGCAAAUACCGGUCUUUUGCUCAAGGUGCCUGCAACGCUGCCAUUGCUUGUGGAUCUCUCUUCAGCUUGCUUGUCGGUGGAGCGAUAACGAACAACAACCCUGAAGGAUUCCGGACCUACUGGUAUAUCUGUGCGGCGAUAUAUGCGCUGUCGACCCUCAUGUUAGCGACCCUCUACAACCCGCCGCCCAGAGAGUUGCAACUGUCCUUGACCCUCGGCGAGAAGAUCCGCACCCUGGACUGGAUCGGAUUCUUCUUGUACAUCGCAGGCCUGGUACUCUUCUGUCUGGGUCUCUCAUACUCUCAGAAUCCAUUCAGCUGGCCCGAUGCCCACAUCCUGGCUGCUUUCCUCAUCGGAGUGGUUUUCAUACUCAUUCUCAUCGGCUACGAGUGGAAGAUCAAGAAGGACGGACUUUUUCAUCAUGGACUCUUCCAGAACCGGAACUUUCCCAUUGCCUUGGUGGCGGUCUUUAUCGAGGGGUACGUCUUCAUGUCGGCCAACAUUUACUUCCCGUAUGCCAUGGAGAUUGUCGUCACGGGAAUUUCAUCAUUCAGGGUAUUGGUUUGUUAUUCGAUUGCCUUCAUCUGCCUCUUGGCCAUGUCUUUCCUCAUUGGAGGUUACAUUUAUCGGACCAAGACUGUUCGACCUACAGCCAUAUUCUCCAAUGUAGCAUUUCUGAUCUACGCCGCUCUUAUGGCUUCAGUCACCGCCAGCACAUCUGAGUCUCACUUCUGGGGCUAUGUCACAUUUUAUGGCUCUGGUCUAGGAUGUGGUGUCAUCACGCUUUACACGACCGCGCAGCUCUCAACUCCACCAGAGCUUAUUGCCGUCACGUCAGGUCUUAUGGGCUCUAUCAGAAGUACAGGUGGCUCCGUCGCUGUUGCCAUCUACGGCGCUCUGUUUAGUCAGGGACUCUCGAAGAACCUUUUCCCGAAGGUGGCUAACGCCGUCAUCCCCUUGGGUGUUUCCGAGGAGACCGUCGGUCCUCUCAUUGCCGAUCUGAGCGCUGGUGCAACCGAAGCUGCACUGAAGCUGCCCGGCGUCACUCUCCAGGCUUUGGAGGCGGCAGGCGCAGCUCUGAAGUCUGCCUAUGUGAUCGGCUUCCGUGAUGUUUACAUUUGUGCUUGCGCAUUUGCAGCCCUUGGUGUUGCGGCUACGAUCUUCCUGAAAGAUCCAAAGCAAGAAUUCAAUGCCAAGAUCGAUGCACCUCUUGAUCGCAUCGAGGUAAAGACUGUCGAAGCGGAAAUGGCUGGAGAGGCGAAACAUGUGGAGGCAACUACUCUUGAAGCAUAGACUGAAGUGAUGGAGAUGCUGAGUCAAGACUGCUCUUUU